UCCACAUUUCGACGUCGAUUCGUUGGGCGCCAUCGUAUAGAAUUGUCGUGUUGCUGGUGGUUGCGUCCUAUUAGAGGUUGAACCACUCACACGCCCACCGGUGUACGUAGCUCUGCAUGCCUGCUAUGCGCCUAGUCGCCUCACUGUGGACACUCCCGUGGAAUCAAUGCGAUAUUGCAGUAUGAUUUUUGGAAGUCUCUGGAUUUCCUCCACUCGAAGUUGCUAGAAUCGCGAGCUUCAUAUAUAGCCACUGGUGUUGCGGUUGUCGUUGUCAUUGUCGUUGGGAGAGAAAUUUGAAGCUCGCUCACGCAAGCAUCGGGCAGCCACCUGCACUUCCCAAUCAGCACGUUCCACGCACGAUCGCUGGGCACCGCAGCUAAGAAUAACCUCCGAACACAACAACCACUCAACCAGACAUCUGCUUCGCCAGACCCUCCCCCAAGAGCAGAAAUUGAGUCUGAUCAGCGCAUUACCAUCACACUGUCAUCCCACAGCUUCAUUUGCCAUCUUGAUAUAGUUUGCGCGACGUCGUGAGUUCCCACCUCGGUUUGCAGACCAGUUCGGAAGUGGAGGAACCAUGGCGGAAGACCCAAGUAAGAAUCUUCUCUACUGCGCUGCGAAUUCUUCCUUUUUUGGUGCUGGAGUUCUCUACUAAAACAACCGGAAGCUGUGUCUCAGAGGGCACAAGGCGGGAAUCAAGAAGUAUAAAAUCCAAAAGCUAACGUAAUGGUUCGGACAGCGGCACCAAGCCUAAACCUCACCCCAGAAGAGAAACGGGUAUUUGGACAACUCUUCCGGCAAGCGGAUACGGAAAGCAUUGGAGUAGUGACGGGAGAGGUUGCGGUCAAGUUCUUCGAAAAGACGAGGCUUGAGCCGCGCAUCCUGGGAGAGGUGUGUACUUGAGUACUUGAAUACUAUGCAGUGGAUAUGGAGGAGCAUAGCAGGAACAUUGCGAAUUAGAAUGCUAACCUCUCUCUUCUCGCAGAUAUGGCAAAUCGCAGAUAAGGAAAACCGAGGACUUCUUACGCCUGCGGGCUUUGGCAUUGUGCUUAGAUUAAUUGGGCAUUAUCAAGCAGGACGAGAUCCGACUCCUGAGCUGGCCCUUCGUCCUGGACCUCUCCCAAAAUUCGACGGAGGCUCCCCAGCUGGAGUGAUUCCUACGGCCCAACCUCCCUCGGGUCCUCCUCCAAAUGCCUUACUGCCCCAAGGAACUGGACCAGGUCCUAUUAGAGUUCCCCCGUUGACACCCGAUAAAGCCGGUCAAUAUGCUGCCCUUUUCGAGAAGUCCGGAGCACAGAAUGGGCAACUCCCUGGAGAGCAAGCUAAGCAGAUAUUCGAGCGGGCAGGCCUACCUAAUGAGAUUCUUGGCCGAAUAUGGACUUUGGCCGACACAGAACAACGAGGUAGCUUACAGGUGACGGAAUUUGUUAUUGCGAUGCACUUGUUAGCUUCAUUCAAAGCUGGUGCGUUGCGAGGACUACCAAAUGUCCUCCCAGCAGGUCUCUAUGAGGCAGCCGCCCGACGACCAAGCAGACAGGGCUCUAUACCAGUUAUCCCAAGACAAUUCAGUGGAAACCCUGCCCAGCGUGCUGGAAGCCCUCUUAGUCGUCCCGCUUACACUGCUCCUCCUCCACAGUAUUCCCAAAACACGGGUGCUGGACCUGAAUGGCUGAUUACACCAUCGGACAAGGCUAAGUUUGACAGCAUCUGCAUCACCCUGGAUAAAACGAAUAGAGGCUUCAUCACUGGAGACGAAGCGGUACCAUUCUUCAGCGAAUCUAAGCUUCCGGAAGAAGUACUUGCUCAGAUCUGGGAUCUUGCCGAUGUCAAUCAAGCAGGCGUCUUGUCAAGAGAUGAAUUCGCUGUGGCCAUGUACCUCAUUCGGCAACAGCGAGGAAAACGGGAUGGUAGAGAUUCAUUGCCGACUACUUUACCUGCUAAUUUAGUUCCUCCAAGCUCCCGGAAUCAGACCCGACCAAUUCCAGCAUCAACAGCUCCAGCUUUCGAUGUUACUCCAACCCUUCCCAAGUCUGCUGCCGAAGAUUUGUUUGGGCUUGAUGCUCUAUCCACCCCUCCCCCUAAUGCCCCUGCUCCGCUCCAAGCACCCCAGUCUACAGGUGGCUCGGGCUCGUUUGGAGUGAACAAUGAUCCUUUUGGAAAUAAGGCUCCUGGUUCUCCUGUCCAUAAUCCAUCACUUCAGUCAUCAUCUGUUUUCAAGCCAUUUACCCCAUCUUCGUCCUUCGGACAAUCUCUGAAUCACCAAGUCACCGGUGGAUCAAGUGGUUCUGCACCUUCCCAACCAAGGAGCUUCCAACCGCAAAUCUCUGCGACGGAGGACUUGCUAGGAGACAACGACCCGGAGAUCAGCAACAAAUUCACAAAUGAAAGUGCAGAGCUUGGUAACUUGUCAAACCAGGUGGGCACCCUGACAACAAAAAUGCAAGAAGUGCAGGGACAACGCGCAGCUUCUCAAGCCGAAUUGGGCCAGGCCAGCGUUCAAAAGCAGCAGUUCGAACAGCGCUUAGCACAACUUAGGGCUCUAUAUGAGCAAGAAGCACAGUCUGUCAAAUCUCUUGAAGAGAAGCUUAAUGCUUCUCGAAACGAGACUAAAAAGCUGCAAACUGAGAUUGCAAUGAUCGAAGCAACAUAUCAAGACCUGCAAAACCAGCACAGACAGACUUCUAUGGCACUACAAGCAGACCAGCAGGAAAACGCCACCUUGAAAGAAAAGAUGCGUGUUGUCAAUGCAGAAAUUACGCAAUUGAAGCCAGCACUUGAAAAGCUGAGAUCAGAUGCUCGUCAGCAGAAAGGUCUGGUGGCCAUCAAUAGAAAGCAACUAGCAACUAAUGAAAGCGAAAGGGAAAAAUUAAAAAAUGAGGCGCAAGAAUUGAACAAGAGCAUCGAGGAGGAUACCAAAGCUUUGGCCGGGGCAUCUAAGGUACAUUCUCCAGUAGCAAGUCCAAGCCAGGUUGCUAGCCCUGCUGCCUCGACGAUGAGUGCCAACAACCCAUUUUUUCGACGACAAGGAAGUUCAUCUGAUAUUCCGAAUUCUCCAUUCUCCCAACCAGCACAGCAAACAGAUCGUUCCUUUGAAAACGUCUUUGGCCCAGCUUUCGGAGAUGCUCAUGUCGCCAAAGGAGGUCCUCCUCCUACGAGUUUCAAACCUAUUUCCCGAGACCAAACUGGAAGUGGCGAGUUCCCCCAACCAUCUGCUUCAUCCCCAGCAACUUCUCACCGCGAGUUGCUUUCACAGGCAGCUGCACCACCCCCUCCCCCAGAGUCGCGUCAAAUAAGUUCUAGUUUCCUCCCAUUUCCGGAUCACGACGACUCAAUCACGUCUUCCCGACAAGUCUCUGCGCCUAACAGCAGAUUUGGGGAAGGAUCAACAGGUGCUGAUACACCUACGAAUUAUAUGGGGACUACCCCAACAGGAUCCUCUAGUGCUGGGCCCGCUGAGACUGUGCAAGCAGCUUCUCCAGGAAUCGAUCGCAACGCAACCGCUUCGCCUGCUACAAAUACUUCAAAAGGCCACAUGCCAGGUGCUUUCCCCGGUGAUGUCCACUCGCAGAUUGUCGCAACUCCCACCGGUGGGAGCACCUUGAGCGACCAAGCUGCAUCUGAUCCAUUUGCCAUCAGUAAAGAGCCUGUUCGGUCUGGCAAUGCCAAAGAUGACUUUGAUGCUGCAUUUGCUGGAUUUGGAAGCUCUGCGAAACCACAAGAGCGGAUGAAUACUGGCUCUUCCGCCGGCGGUGGAAAUGCUCCUGUAUUCAACAAGGAGUUUCCACCCAUUGCAGAACUGGAGAACGAUGACGAUAGCGACAGUGCUAGUGAACCUGGAGGCUUCGAUGAUGACUUUGCACCAUCAUCUCCUAGUCAAGUCAGACAGUCCAGCGCGUCGCAAUCGCCUACAACAGCCAAAGCCAUUCCUAUUCAUGGAGAUGGGCUGAGUGACAUGUUUUCUGUCGGACCCAAUGCCCCCAAAAUUGGGUCUGCUUUGAGCUUGGGUACGGAUCCUCCAACACCUGGAGCACAAGUACCACCUCCAGCAUACGACAAGACCGUAUCUCCUAAGGAGACCGCUCAUUCAGAAGUACAACAAUUUUCUGGACUACUACCAUCCCGUGAAAUCGAUUUUCCAAGUUCUCCACCUAUGAAAUCCGCAGCCGAAUCUUCCUCCCCAACUGCCGCUCAAGCACCAUUUGGUGCUCCACCAACCUCAUCACACCCAGUCCCUACCCCGCCCGCGAAAGUGCCAUUUGAUGACGACUUUGAUGAGUUUGAUGAUCUGGAAGACGCCAAGGAAGGAGAUGCCGAUGACGAUAUUGCAAAUGUUUCCACUAGUGUAGACGACUUCAAUCCAAUGUUUGAUAGUCCGCCUCCUAAGACCGCAGACCAUUCCCAGACACAAAACGGGUUUGGAGGUGACAAUGUAUUCGGAGACUUCACAGCCUCACCUCAGUCAACUCACCCUAAACAAGCUGGCGCCGGGGUUAACGAUAACCAUGAUUGGGAUGCAAUUUUCGCUAAUUUGGACGCGACCACACCAACAGGAGAAGGUCCUCCCGUCGAGAAAGCUGAUUUGCCAAAGGCUAACAGCAAUGGUACGACUUCAGAGCUUGCUCCAGAGCGACCACAGAUUGGAAGGGCACUGACGGAAGCGGGGGUACAUGAUGAUCCAAUCCUAAAGAAUUUGACGGGAAUGGGAUAUCCCCGAGACCAGGCUUUAGCUGCGCUUGAGAAAUAUGAUUAUAAUUUGGAAAGGGUGAGUAGCUGGCUCGAUAUGAAUGAAGAUUAAAAAGAACGAGCACUGACACAUGUGGACCUUGUAGGCUGCGAAUUAUCUUGCUAGCCAGUCAUAGGAUGUAGAAAAUAAUUUUUGAGGGAGGGAAUACGGGACCUUUCCUUUUCUAUUUUUAAUUUCCUUCUUUGUGGGAGGGAUGAAUUGAUGCAGAUUGAUGGCUCGAUACGAUACCUUUUCUUCCGAGAUGUGGAGAUGUGGAGAUGUGCAUAAUUCUCUCUUUCGUUUUAAUGUCUAUUGAUAUGUAACUCUAUGGCGCCGCAUUUAUGCAAGCAAGCAAGCAUUCUUUUUCUCUCGUUUUCAGACCUGCCUACUUGGUAGUGUACACUUACUUUAUUUUCGGUCUUUGGAGUGGCGAUGAUGCCUUGGUUGAUGUUGUUCAUAGUCGAGAAUGAAACCAUAUUUUUGCGCUGCUU